CACCAACAUAAACUACUACUAAACAGAACCCAACUGAUCAGAGCUCUACUCAUUUCCCUUCUCUCUCUCUCUCUCUACCCAUUUCCUCCUUAAGAUCAAAACAUGGCUUACUUCGUUCCACAACUCCUAAUCUUAAUCUCUCUCUUCCAACUCUCACUCGCAGCCAGAAAACUCACCGAGUUAGUCCAAGAUCAACCCAAUACACUAAUGCAUUACCACAACGGCCCUCUUCUUUCCGGCAAAAUGCCAGUCAACCUCAUUUGGUACGGCAAAUUCACUCCUUCCCAACGAGCCAUAGUCUCCGACUUUGUCACCUCGCUGUCUUCUCCCCCACCUCAAACCCAACCAUCGGUCGCCGCCUGGUGGAAAACCACCGAGAAAUACUACAAACUAGCCAAAUCGAAAAAACCCUCGUCACUUUCUUUGUCCCUGGGCAAACAAAUACUCGACGAGAAUUACUCGCUGGGAAAAUCCCUCACGCAGAAACAGAUCGUGCAGUUGGCAUCGAAGGGCGAUCAGAUGAACGCAAUCAACGUUGUACUGACAUCCGCCGACGUCACCGUGGACGGGUUCUGUAUGAGCCGGUGCGGGACGCACGGGUCUUCCAAGGGUAAUGUCCAAGCAAAAGGGGAAAAUUACAAGUUCGCUUAUAUUUGGGUCGGUAACUCAGAGACUCAGUGCCCGGGUCAAUGCGCUUGGCCGUACCACCAACCUAUUUACGGACCACAGAACCCACCUUUGGUCGCACCCAACCAAGAUGUGGGUAUGGAUGGGAUGGUGAUCAACCUGGCUAGCCUAUUGGCCGGGACCGCUACGAACCCAUUUGGAAAUGGCUACUACCAGGGUCCGGCCGAUGCUCCGCUAGAGGCUGCAUCGGGUUGUCCCGGGGUGUACGCUAAAGGAGCUUUCCCUGGAUACGCAGGGGACCUUUUGGUGGACCGUACCACGGGUGCUAGCUAUAACGCGAAUGGUGCUAAUGGGAGGAAGUAUUUGGUUCCCGCUUUGUUUGAUCCGACUACAUUGACUUGUUCCACUUUGGUUUAAUGAGUUUGAUCAAACUAUGUAGAAAGGCGGUGAAAAAAGAGAGGAAAAAAAGACACAAUUGUACACUUAAUCAUUCAUUUAUUUGUUUCAAUUUUAAAAUUAAAUUACAUAAGAUUUGAUUCCGAAUAUUCGACCA